AAAUGUCUCGACUYGAAGCUAAAAAGCCUCCAUUAUUUAUUAGUGAACCUUUAACUAGAGAUGCAGUGAGUCAGUCGCUGUCUCUGCUGAGUGGAAUAUUAAAAUCUUCCUAUGGUCCCKCUGGUCGACUCAAGCAGCUCCACAAUGGUGUGGGGGGCUGUGUUUGUACCACUUCCCAAUCCUCAGCCCUCCUGGGGCACCUUUCUGUGAGCCAGCCGGUGCUGCGUGUCCUGACAGCCUCUGUACAGAACCACGUGUCACGUUUCAGUGACUGUGGCUUGUUCACUGCCAUUCUUUGCUGUGCUUUCAUUGAAAACUUCAGGARCCUGAAUGUUGCACCUUUCACUGUCAUUAAAAUAAGCAAGCAUCUUCUGAGUUUGUGCAUGGACUAUCUGAAAUCUGAGGCUUGUGCUUGCCGGGUGUCCGUGGAUUUUAGCAAUGUUGAGACUCUUGUGUGUUUGGUACGKAGCAUUUUAACAAGCAAACCUGCUUGCAUGCUUAAUAAAACAGAAGUUGAUCAUCUUACCACGCUGGUUUUAAAGGCUUUUCUAUUUACCAUUCCAUGUCAUGUUGAGASUAAUGCUGUUUUAGGAAAGUGUGUCAUAGUACCUGUGAAAGGCACAAGAGUUGUGGAUUCUACAGUUCUUCCUGGACUGCUGAUAGAAGUACCAGAAAUCCAAUUGGGAAAACCACUCACUGUCAAAAGGACUGGUUCAAACACGAUAAAGACUGCCCUUUUCAGUGUGUCCAUGGCAGGAGACGGCUUUAACCCUGAGGAAGGAACCAUAGCAGUCCAUCAUGGAGUUUCUCUGGAAGUGUCAGAGCUGAAUGAGUUGCUUAAUCUAGGGAAGCAGCUGGUUAAGGAUGAGGUGGGCCUUGUAAUGUGUCAGAAGGUGAUGCAUCCCUGCUUGAAACAGUACCUGAAGGAGAACGGUGUCAUCGCUGUGGACAGGGCUGGGCUGUGUCUGAUGGAGCCCCUGGGCYGCCUGACAGGUUCAAAGCCUAUCGCUUCCAUACAUUCRUUGUCUCUUGGCUGUUACGGCAGUUUGAAAGAUUUGUGCUUUGAGAGUUUUGCUUCAAAGCAUUUUAUACAUCUAAUUCCUGAGGACACAGUUAUCUGCAGCUUGAUACUCUGUAACAGAAGUGAAACAGCGUGGGAUGAGUUGAAGCGUGUCUGUGAAACUGCAGAGCAUGUGUUACAGUUAACAAUGAAGGAACCUUUGGCAUUAUUAGGAGGAGGCUGUACAGAAACUCACCUGGCUUCAUACAUAAGACACAAGAGUUCUCAUCUGCCUGCCAGCACUUUUAAAGACCUAGAUUGUUCUCAGACACAAUACCAAUUGGUUGUUGAUGGGUUUUGCCAUUCCCUGGAGACUGUAGCUCGCUCUCUCGGUCACAAUAACGGAGAAGUUCUUACAGACAUGGUUUAUGGACAUUGUUGGUUUGUUCCAUCAGGCUCUCCCUGUGUCUCAAACUGGUCAGAUUUAGUUUCAAAAUGCGGCUGUGGGAUGAAUAGUAACACAGAGGACCUCAACUGGAGGUUUUUGCAAGGCCAGUCUAGCUCUCCUAUUAUAGAGAGCUGUCCGAAAGAGCCCUCAGAAAAGGUUACUGACCUUCUAACUCUGGACUGCUUUGCUGCWAAGUGCAGUGGCCUGCAAGUAGCUCUGGAGACAGCCAACCUGAUUUUGGAUCUUUCAUACAUAGUUGAAGAUCAAAAUUAGCUCUGAUCUUAUGUGAUUUGUGUUGCAUAGCAAGACACUAAAUUGAAAGCAAGGUAAAAUAUCAUGUUUUAAUAGGUUAGAAUGUGGACAAGAGACAUUUUAAAUUUAACAGUUGGCCAUUGAAUAUUCUUCUCAUUGUUAAUCUACUGUGCUCAAGCAUUUUCAAAUGUUCAGUCUGUUCCCUCUGCAUUGAGGAAGRUUUUGGAUGUUUGUUAGCUCUGUGGCUAACAUCUUCAAAGGAAUAUGGAGGAUGGAUUUACUUGCUGUGAAAACAUAUAUAUAUUAGAAUUUAUAUAGUCUCAGCAAAAGCUUUACACAUUCAAAUAGGCUUUUGUAUUGCAGCAGAACUUUAUCACUGCUAUUUUUAAUUUUGUAGGUUAAAAAGGCUUGGCUUAGCAGAUACCUUGAGCCAUUUGUUUUUAAUUUAGUUCUGAAGUUUUUGUCACCAUAUACAAUAUGCAUUUUCUGUUUUUAAAUAGCUGAAAGAUUUUAAUUUAUAUAUGUAAUUUAUUUAACAAGUUAUAAAAACUCAACCUGGAACUCUUAAGGUAGCAGGUCAGUAAUGGAUGAUUUAAAAAGAAAUGGUAGCCUGGGUGGAAAAAACUUYUGUCAAGUGGACCUUGAUUGCCUUCUGGGGAAUACAGGACAGCCUGUAAUGAAGUUUCUAUCAUUUAAGCAAAGCUGCAAGAAGGAAUGUCCCACUUACCAUUCAAUUAACUCUUUGACUGUGCGUGGCUUCUUUUAAUGAAGUAAGGCUUUAAGGUCUCAGGCUUGUUUUGAUCUCCUAAUAACACUGUAGACUGUAUGAUCAAAACUUUUUCUCGUUCUCAGCUUGCAUGCAAGAUCAAAAAGGGUGUUACAGUUUCUUACUUAAGCUCAUUUUCUUUGCCACUUUUCUCUCUUUGUUUUCAGUCACAAGGGACAAAUUAUUCAUGGUGUGUUUCCAGAAAACAUCCGAGUCGGUUAUAGUCUGCUUAUUUUUUUCCUGUUUUCUUAAGUUUUAAAUAUGUACUGCAUAUAAGCAGUAGAAUUGUUUUGUAUAAAUCAGUUUUGAAAUAUGUAAUUAAAAGCAGAUCUUUCCAGACCYUUUGUACAAAGUCCUUUUAAUUUUAAGAGCAUAAGUAAUCAUUUUCUCACUGGGAAGAAAAUGAAGAGUUAUUUAAAGUUCUUUAUCGUUUUAUGACCUGAAAUGAUUGCUUUAGUGCUAUAAGGCAUCCUUUGGGAACUUGUGGAAGAAUGUUACAAGGGUUGAAAAUGGAGGCUGUUCAAAGCUGGUUACUAAAAAGRCUGCUUUUAUAUCUUGAUCUUCCCAUAUGCCAUGAACUAUAUGAAAACAUCAGGAAUAAUGAAGCCAAAUGAUGGUGUGUAUCUUAAGGCACAGAAGAAUCUUGGUAAUACUUCAUCUAAUUACAAUUCUCCAGCUCAGAGUGCUGAAUUAUACUAUUUUACUUCUCAUAAUAGCAGCUUGUUAUGCAGUGUGAAAAUGUUGAGUUCAGUGACUACAGCUGUGAAGUGAAAAUUAAAACAAUAUUCAAGUGGAA